AUGACCGAUAGACUUUCGCUUGAACAGUUAGUUCAUCUGUCCUUGGGUGAUCCCGAGACAGGUGCAGUGAAUUUUAACGUACUAAAAACUCUUCUUUUGCAAAUGCUUCGUGCAAUGAAUUUAUAUAAUUAUAAGCCGAUCAUGUCCGAUGAUGAUCAACAAACUCUCGAAGAAGCACUAUCAACAUCGACAAAUCAACGCGAUGAACUUUCAGUUAGCAACAAUCAAAAUGAGAUGAAGAAAAAAUUACAAUUGAAUAAACGCGAUCGAAGUUCCGAUCGUCUCAAUACCUUAGAAGAGAAAGUCUUUCGGUUUGAAUCUCAAUUGAACGCACUGGAUCAAAUACCAUCCAAUGCCGAAUUAAUCGACCGAGCGAAGCAAAUACCAAAGAAGGCCACGGAUGAAUCUGACCAAACAACAGAUCGUCAAGGUCCAAUAUUAGAAGUCUGGCAAUAUACACAAAUGGAAAAACGAAUUGAAUCAGCUGAAAAUGGAAUAACACGACUUGCUUCAUUACUUCAAGAUCUGUUAUCUGAUAUGAAUGAUUUGAAAGAAUCACAUGAAACAUUGCACCGAGCAGCAGAUGAACUUAGAACAGCCAUCGGAGCGAUCGAUAAAGAUAAACAUGAAUGGGCAAACAAAUCUGACCUUGCAAAUUUGGAUGAAAAAAUUCGUCAUUUGGAGAAUUUAAUUUCCUCGCUACGAGAUCGCUUCAAUGAUUUACCAAAAGAAACUAAUACUCUAAAUGGGCAUGCACCACUCGAUUUGAGCAAAUUUGUUACCUGGACUCAAUUCGAUGGUGCACUCAAUGACAUUCGGCAAUCAAUGGAGAAACUUUCCGUACGAGAUAACAGUCGAUCAUCUCCCGCGCACGGUCAAACAAUAAUACGAGAAAAGGAAGAAUUAUCAACAGAUGGAUUAGCCGAUGUUUUCGAACAACUCCGAUCAUUAAAUGAUCGAUAUGAACAAUUGAAAGAAUUAACCGAUGCACUUGAAGAAAAAAAGCUCAAUCGAGAAGCAUUUGAUGAUUAUAAAACAAAACAUAAUGAUUUUCUCGAUCGUCUCGCUGCAUUAGAGCGAGAUCUAGAUGGCAUUCGAACGCAUGAAACAACCAAUGCUGUGUCCGCUGGUGAUAUCAAGAAAGAAAACGCGACUGUACAGUCAAGAGCGGACUCAUUCGGUGAUUUAUCCGAUUUUCGAACGGCGUUGCAGCGUUUACGUGAAGAUUUGGAUCGACUCAAACAACAAAUUCAGGAUUUAAUUAAAAAAGGAAAUUUAUCAAACGACGAACUUGACACUUUGAAAAAAUUAGUUCAACAAUUAGAUCAAACAAAAGCUGAUAAGAUCAAUGUUAAUAAUGAACUUGAUAAGAAAGUAGACAAACGAGAUUUGGACACUCGAGUUUUGAAAAAAGAUUUCAAAGCUGCUUGUAAUGAUCUAUCGCAAAAUAUCAACGAUUGUUUGCAGAAAUUCCAUGUGCAUGAUGACAUACAAAAGCAGGACAUACAAAAGAUCAAUCGUGAUAUAAAUGAAAAAUCAGACCGUGCUGAACUUGAUGCACUACGGGAUUAUGUGGAUAAACAAAUGAAGAAACUGAAGAAAUUAGCGAAAGAGCAGCAGCAGCAGACACAACAGCAACAUGUCCACGUUAUGUCAGAAGAUGAGGCGGCUGGUUUACGAAAACAGCUUAUUCGUUUUCACUGCAUCAGCUGUGAUCGUCCGAUUGACGCUCAACCGCACCCACAGCAGCCGAGUCUACCCGUAAAUCAGGCUAUGCGUCCUAUCCAGUCACCCCGGCCGUAUACAACUUACGAACUGGAUCAAAUACGGCAAUUUCAAAAGAGUCAACAGUUUAGUAAUGAUUUCAGUAGCGGCGUAUCGGAUGUUUAUGCAGCAAUGCGACAAUGUGGCGGUUCGCACACAACAACUCUACCAUACAAACGUCAAAUUAAAACUCAGCCAUCCGUUCCUGAAGAACCCUUACUCACCAGAAAUGAAGUGGAUAUCAAAGGUCACGAUGGUGUCAUCUACAAAGGUAGAAUUACUGUGGACAAACUACCAGCCGUCGAUAUGCAUAAAAAGAAUUCGGUUGUUUUACUUGCACCUCCGCCGCUACUACGAUCUCGUUCCGAUCCUCAUCAUCAAUCACCACAGCCACGUGAAUCACCCGGUAAUGAUCAAGAUCGAAAUAGUGUCUCGCCUACCAUUCCCAGUCUUGGACCAAUUAUACCUCGAGAGGAAUCAUUCACAUAG